UAGCUUGUUGCCCAUGGAGAAGUCUCAAUUGAUCUCCAUUCUUGUCCUCUUCCAAGCUUUCAUCUGCCCUUCGAAGUCUCAAUCAUUCGUCGGGGUGAACUACGGUGAGGUGGCCGACAACCUCCCUCCGGCGUCGACGACGGCGAGCCUCCUGCAGUCGACCACCAUCUCCAAGCUGCGCCUCUACGGCGCCGACCAUGCUAUCAUCCAGUCCCUCGCCGGCACCGGCAUCUCCCUUGUCCUCGGGGUCCCCAAUUCCGACGUCCCCUCCCUCGCGUCCGACCCCGCCGCCGCCGCCUCCUGGGCCGCUUCCAACGUGCUCCCCUUCGUUCCCGCUUCUUCCAUCUCCGCCGUCUCCGUCGGCAACGAGGCUCUUAACUCCGGCGACCCCUCGCUUGCAGGAAACAUCCUUCCCGCCAUGCAGAACCUCCGUGCCGCCCUCGCCGCGGCCCCCGCCGCCGCCGGUAUCAAGGUCACUACCGUGCACUCCAUGGCCGUGAUGGCGCAGUCGGACCCCCCGUCCGCCGGGGCCUUCCACGCCGACCUGGCCGGCGAGCUCGCCGGGAUGGUCGGAUUUCUCCGGGAAGCCGGGUCGCCCUUCAUGGUGAACCCCUACCCGUUCUUCGCGUACCGGAGCGACCCGCGGCCGGAAACGCUGGCCUUCUGCCUUUUCCAGCCUAACGCCGGCAGGGUCGACCCGGCCUCCGGGAUGACGUACAGCAACAUGUUCGACGCGCAGGUGGACGCGGUCCGGGCGGCGUUGGAUGGGCUGGGCUUCCCGGAGGUGGAGAUCGUGGUGGCGGAGACCGGGUGGCCGUACAAGGGCGACCCGGAGGAGGCAGGGACGACGGUGGAGAACGCCAUGGCCUUUAACGGCAACCUGGUGGCGCACCUGAGGUCCAUGGCGGGGACGCCGCGGAUGCCCGGGCGGCCGGUGGAGACCUACAUCUUCGCCCUCUACGACGAGAACCUCAAGGGCGGGCCGACGUCGGAGCGGUCGUUCGGGCUCUACCGCGCCGACGGGACCAGCAACUACGACGCCGGACUAGCAAAGUCAGGCUCCACCGCCACCUCAUCGCCGCAGGGGAGCGCAUCGUCAUCGUCGAUAGGGCUGGUGCAACCAGAGGGGUCGUGCACGUCGGCGGAGACGGCGCAGCAGACCGCGGAGGAAUGCUAUCCCACCGGCGCCGGCGAUUCCCCUGCGCCGUACAGGAUGCGAUUCCUCUUUUUGGCGUAUGGUGCGGCGAUGUUGCUACUAACAAAGGUAAUGUGAUUUGAUCCAUAUCAAAGGAAUCUUUUCCGCCGUUUAAUUGUGUACAUUUAUAGAUACUUAUUAUAAUAUAGAUUCAAUCUAUAAUUACAACAAAUCCAUAAUUACAGAACAGAGGAUCCAACUCUUAAAAAGAAAAGUGGGGAGCAUUUGUAAAAAUCAGAGCCUUUUGUUAUUUUUGCCUCUGUUUUUUUUUUUCAUCCAAUGU